AUGGCCCGCCAGCACUCUGCGGUCAACGUCGACGACGACGACCACGACGACCAGCACCAUCACAACGACCACCACCCCAACCACCUCAUCGACCCGUCGCCCGAGGAGGAGAAGCGCAUCCUGCGGCGCAAGCUCAUCAGCCUCUCUGGCUCCGUCAUUGUCGCACUCAGUGCCGGCUCCAACUACGCCUUCAGCUCGUUCGCCCCGCAGCUCCAGGAGGCCCUCCAUCUCACCUCGACCCAGAUCAACCUGAUCGGCAUCGCUGGCAAUGCCGGAGUCUACCUUUCGUCGCCGCUCUGGGGCCGCUUCAUCGACAAACGCGGACCCAGCAUCGCCAUGCUCACCGGCGCCAUCAUGGUCCCGCUCGGCUACGGCGGUCUCUCGUACGCCUACCGCCGCAAGUCGGUCGACACCCCCACCACCCUCCUCGUCCUGCUCAACCUCCUCACCGGCCUCGGCAACAGCGGAAGCUUCACUGCUGCCAUGAACGCCCAGGCAAAGUCCUGGGGCGGUUCCAGGAGGGGUACCGCCACCGCGCUCGUCCUCUCCGGGUUCGGCCUGAGCGCCUUCUUCUACUCGACCCUCUCCCACGCCCUCUUUGCCGACAACACGUCCGACUACCUCCUGCUCCUCGCCUUUGGCAGCAUGGCGAGCAUGCUCAUCGGCCUGGCCAUCGUAAAGCCCCUGCCGAUCGUCGAGCACCACCACCAUCACCACCACGAUCGCCGCCGUGAGAGCUACGGUGGGGAUGGAGAGGAGCGCGCGACCGGCAGCCGGCGGAGCAGCGGCGGCGCGCUCGGACCACCGCACGGCUACACGCGCCGGCGCACAUCGUCCGAGAUUGGGGCCCGCACCGCCAUCUGGGACGAGACGCCGUCGAUCGACAGCGGCUGCAGCGAUGACGAGUGCGACGACCGAGUGGGCCCCAGCGGCAGCAGCGCCGAUGGCCGCAACGACCGACUGCGCCCGCGGGCCGACGACGACCUUCGCCACCACGACGAAUCGGACAACGAGGGCGCGGCGCCCAUCUCCGAACGGCAGUCGCUGCUGCCCGGCCGGCCCGAGGCCAAGGCAAUCCAGGCAGAAGAGGCGCCGGCGGGCCAGAUCGACAUCUCUGGCAAGAAGCUGUUCAAGCAGAUCGACUUCCUGCUCCUCUUCUGCGUCAUGGCGCUCGUCUCGGGCGCCGGGCUGCUGCUCAUCAACAACGUCGGCACCAUCACCAAGACGUUGUGGGACUACAACCACCGCGACACGCCCGAGCUUCUGAGCGGUCGCAGCGACGGGCUGCUGCACCCCGAAGCCAUGGUGGCGGCGACGACGGCCGAGUACCUCGAGGCGCUCAAGAUGUCGGCCAAGGCGUCGGUGCAGAAGCUGCAGGCGCAGCAGGUGUCGGCCAUCUCGCUCUGCAACGCCUCGGGCCGCAUCAUCAUCGGCCUCCUCUCCGACUUCCUCGUCAACCGCACCGGCUCGGCCAGCCAGCGCGUGUGGCUGCUGAUUGUGGUAACGACGCUGGCCUUCCUCUCGCAGCUGCUGGCCGCGCUGCCUCGCACCAUCCAGACGGUGCACCAGCUGCUCGGCGUGUCGGUGCUCACCGGCCUCUCGUACGGCACGCUGUUUGGCCUCUGCCCCGUGCUUAUGUUUGAAUGGUUCGGCAUGAAGCACUUUAGCCAGAACUACGGCUUCCUCAGCCUCAGCCCCGUCAUCGCCGGCAACAUCUUCAACCUCCUCUUUGGCCGCAUCUACGACUCGCACGUCCCGUCGGCUUCGGUUGGCGGCGGAAGCGGGAACGGUGCGCCCGGCGCGCUCGACGUGCGGGCGGUGCUGGACGGCGGGCUUUGGCUGCAGGUGCGCGAGGUGCUGCAGGCGACGACGGCGGCCGGCGACGGAGCGCACCACUUCUGCCUCGACGGGCCCGAGUGCUACCGAAAGGUGUUUGUCGUCACGACCCUCGGCAGCGUGAUCGCCGUUGCGGCCAGCGUGGUUCUCAUCGCGCGGAGGGCCGGCGGCGACGGGGGGCUGGCCCGGAUGCUCCGUGGCGGCGAGGCGUGA